AUGGCGGAGACUGGCACAAGCCGCCCGCCCGCCUCUGGCACCGACGCCGGCGACUUCCCGGAGCUCCUAGGUUUCUGCGCGCGCGCGGAGGCCCUCAUCGCUGAGCUGCUCCUGCUCUCCGACCGCGCACCUCCGCUGUUCGCAGACCGCCGCUUCGACCCCGUCCUCUUCGACUUCCGGUGA